AUGGAAGACCGAAAGCGACGGGCAAAAAAUGAGACAAGGCUAGGAUGUGAAGCCAAGUUCAGAGUCCACAUCCAUAUUGUUACUCGACGUUGGUAUGUGACUAUUUUUGCAUUUGCACAUAAUCAUGAACUUUUGGAUGGACUAUCUUGUGGAAUGUUGCCUGCUUAUAGGAAAAUGAAUGAGUCUGAUGUUGUGCAAAUGAAUAACAUGAGGAUGGCUGGUAUAGGUGCACAUGAUAUUUUUAGUUCCUUUGCAAUGCAGUCAGGUGGUUAUGAGAAUGUUGGUUUUAGACAGAAAGCCAUUUAUAAUCAAGUAGGAAAACAGAGGGCAGAACAUGAAUCUGAUGGUGUGGCCGCAUUGAAGUACUUGAAACAAUUACAAAUAUCUGACCCCGAGCUUUUUUUUCGGUACAAAGAGAAUAGUGAAGGUAAAUUGGAGCACCUGUUUUGGAGUGAUGGAAUGAGCCAAAUUGAUUACAAGGCAUUUGGUGAUGUGGUUGCUUUUGAUGCCACGUACGGUAAAAACAAGUAUAGGUGUCCUUGUAAGAUCAAGUUUUGA